AUUGUAUAUGAUUACAAAUACACCCUGUACUUGAAACUGCUUUAUUUAUGUUAAACAUUAGACUGCCUUACCAGCUGAAAAGAGCUUUUCAACGAAUGUCAUAAUCAGCCCCAAAACUGCCAAAUGUCAAAUUGUCAGGGUCGAAUCGCCCCCCACUGUUGGCGAAUGUUGGCGCAGUGCAAAACAUUUUCCAGUCAUUUCUUCUCCUAUCUCCAACACACACCAAAAGCUCCGCUACGAAGUACACAAAUUCUUUGGAUGUGAAAUAUCGAUUUGCAGUGCGAGAAAAGUCCAUUAGCCAAAAAAAUUAAAUAAAGUUGGAGAAAAUCGGAAUAUCUAAUAAAAAACAAAUUCCAAGUGCAAAUCGAAAGUCCACAAAGUCGCCGAAUCGUUUGGAAAACCAGAAAAACGCGUAAUUAAUAGCUCUAGUGAAAUUCACAGUGUGACUUGACGACUGAGUGAAAAAGCGAAAGUUGCAGGGAUGGCGUUCGCAGGAUUAAAGAAACAAAUUAACAAGGCGAACCAGUAUGUGACGGAAAAAAUGGGUGGGGCGGAGGGCACAAAGCUGGACAUGGACUUCAUGGAAAUGGAGCGUAAGACGGACGUCACCGUUGAACUGGUCGAGGAGCUGCAGUUGAAGACGAAGGAAUUCCUUCAACCAAAUCCAACGGCACGUGCUAAAAUGGCAGCAGUCAAGGGUAUAUCGAAACUAUCCGGACAAGCCAAGUCCAAUACGUACCCUCAACCAGAAGGUCUACUCGCCGAUUGUAUGCUAAUGUAUGGCAAGAAGUUGGGUGAAGAUAAUAGUGUAUUCGCGCAAGCGCUUGUCGAAUUCGGUGAAGCGCUGAAACAAAUGGCUGAUGUAAAAUACUCACUGGAUGACAAUAUUAAGCAAAAUGUCUUAGAACCAUUACACCACUUACAAACUAAAGAAUUAAAGGAGGUAAUGCAUCAUCGUAAGAAGUUGCAGGGAAGACGCCUCGACUUUGACUGCAAGCGUCGCCGGCAAGCUAAAGACGAGGAGAUUCGUGGCGCCGAAGAGAAAUUUGCCGAAUCGCUGCAUUUAGCGCAAAUGGGCAUGUUUAACUUGCUCGAAAAUGACACAGAACACGUGUCACAAUUGGUAACGUUCGCUGAGGCGCUUUUCGAAUUCCACUCGCAGUGCGCUGAAAUACUGCGUGGCUUGCAGGAGACACUUCAUGAAAAACGAGAAGAGGCUGAAUCCCGACCAAAAGCUGAAUUUGUGCCCAAAACAUUGUUAGAUCUGAAUCUCGAUGGCACCGGCACUAACGAUACGGACAGCGUGAGCACACCGGCACAUAGGGCUUCAGCGGCAUCACCGCUACCCUCGCCCUUGCGCUCGCCAGCCAAAUCGCUGGUGCCGGGAGCUACGACACCACAACGCCAACAGCAACCAUGCUGUCAGGCAUUGUACGAUUUCGAGCCAGAAAAUCCGGGCGAAUUGGGCUUCAAAGAAAAUGAUACCAUUACAUUGUUGAGCCGUGUGGACGACAAUUGGUAUGAAGGCUCUUUAAAUGGACGCACCGGCUACUUCCCACAGUCAUAUGUGCAAAUUGUGGUUCCACUGCCCAAUGGCAAUUAAGGGGAGCAGGCUUAGCUGUUACAUUUGAUGAGAGCAAAACACUUCAUCACUCCAUAAGCAACUAGUUGACAAACAAUAAUUAAUUAUUUAAUAUUAAAUUUAACGGUUAAUUAAAUUUAAAGCUACUUAAAAGCAUAGAAGCAUCAAAGAAAAUCGCAAACAAUUGAGAUGUGUAUUUAUUAUAAUUAAUUAAACUCAAUGGAAAUUAUAAGAUUUAUAAAAAAAAUUCAAAGAUCAAUUCAUAAAUACUUCAAUUACAAUUCAAUUUGAAAUCUUGGAACUUUAAAAAUGAUAUUUGUAACUUUAAUGAAACAAAAAUAACAAAAACAAACCCCGAAAAUUGAUUGUGCUACUAUGAGUAUUUAUGUAAUUCCUAACUUAUUGCCUACCUAUCAGCCUGUUAUCACAAAAAAAAAAAAAUCAUCUAAAAUUGUUGUAAUUUUUAAGUCAUUGCAUACCUUACCCUAUACAUACACUCAUAUACACAUAAAAGCAAACUUGUUCCCAAUUCCCCAUUUCUUGCUCUAAACUUACCUACAUUGUGUGUGUUGUUUUGUUAUUUGUAUUUAUAUAUAUGUAUUUAUUAAGCAUAAUACAAUAAUAUUAUAUACGUGUAUAUUUAUUAUUACUCUUACAUUAAUCGUAUAUAUGUUUUCGAGGUGAAGUAAAACAGACAUAAACAAGAAUAAAAACAAAAACGAUAAAUAAGUUUAAAGAAACACGAGAGCGAGAGCUCCCUAAUUCCUAAAUACCUUAAUAUACCUUAUACAUUUAUUGAAAAGACCUUAAAUAAACUAAAUAAACAUAAAGUUUAAACACGAAACCUUCUGAACUGUAUUGUAUUGAAAAUGGUGUACCACUGAAACUAAAAACAAGUGUCAUAAUUUAAACUAAUAAAUAAAAUAUACGUAUAUAAAAGGAAACCAAAAUAAACAGUGGUCUAGAAAAUAAAACGGAUAGGUUUUAUAAUUAGCUGUGUUAAACUAAUAAUUUUAGUUUGUUAAAAUUAAUCAUGUAACUAUGUAAGCUGUUAAAGAAUGUCGAAAAUAUGUUUAAAUAGCAAACAUUUGUGUUUAUAUGUAAGUACAGCAAAAUGUGUGCUGAUACAAUGAGAAAAAGCAUUAAAAGCUAUCAGCGCUGGAUGUGCGGUUUCACAAAGUUUUGAAAAGUUUUUGUUUGAAGCUAACUUUAAAUGGAUUUUAAACAAUUAAGUGUUUGAAAGUGAUACGUAUAUACGUGCAUGUAUUCAUUUGAAAUGUUUUACGAAAGUUUGCUGCCUUUUAUAAAGAGCUACUUAGGGAAAAUUGUUAACCAGUUGAUAAAUAAAGCGCAAUGUAAUAGAACUAAUAGCUUUUUGGUUGAUUAAACUAAUUUUCAAAGAAAGUUCGGUUUCAUAUAUGUUUUUUUUUAUUAGUAUUUGAAUAUUAUUCGUAAAAUUUUCUAGUUUUUAAAUAACACUUUAUUAAGUAAACUAUUUGCUUUAAUUAUUUUGUAUGCAAACAAUUGCUUUAAUACUACACAAUGCUCAUACUAUUUUGUUGUCUUACAUUCCAUGCUAUCUUAAGUGCAUAUUUAAAUACUUUUCACAUUUUGACUUUACUAUUUUGUUUUUUCUAAGCACAAAGCCAAAACUUGUCCGUUUGUAUUUUUGUGGCACUGUCACUCGAGCGGAUUACUAUCCGAUUAAUGUACUGAUAAUAAUCAAGUAAUUAACGUUUGGUAGCGAUACCGAUAGCGUUUGCGAGAAGUUUUGAACAAAUAUAUUAUGCAAGAAGAGAGUCGAAGGUGGUUUAGGUUUAGUAGUCUCAUGUUGGAAUAAAAAAACAAAACAAAAACCUAAAAACAAAACAAUUUAAAAACAUUGGUUUAAUAAUUGUAUACAUGCAUAAUUAAAAUAUAGAAGAAAAGGCUAAACAUAACGAAAAACAAUAAUGUAUUGAAAAUAUAUACAUACUUACAUACAUAUAUGCAACUUGAUGCAAUUACGAUGAAUUAUAACAAUAAUAAUUGUAAUGGAAAUUUACAAGUGUAAUAAUGUAACAAUUACCUACCCCUAUACAUACAUACAUACUAUAUACAAAUACUUAACGUUAAUAUGAAAUAUGAAAAUUAACUAUAAAGCUACCGCAAAUGAAGAUAUAGAGAUGAAGACGGCGUGUAAAAGGUUUAUGAUAUUGCUGAUAUUAAGAUAUAAUAUGUAUUAAUUACGUUAUGCAAACAAACAAACAAAAAACUUACAGAAAUUAUUGAAGCAAAGCGCGACAAAUAUGAAGGCAAAACCCCGAUAACAAAAAAUAACAAAAAACCAAAAAGAAAUUAAUAAAAUUUAAUUUUUAAUGUGUCUUUCGUUCCAA